AUGUUAAUGAUAUCCUGCAUAAAGGAAGGAGAUGAAGAAAUUGAUGAAAGAACGAGAUGGACUUUUUGUGAAGCUGCUUGGGAUAAGUUGUAUUGUUGGCCUCCAGUUCCUGCAGGAGAAGUUGUAAGAAGAUCAUGCAAAAGAAUAUUUUCUACUCCACAAAAUUUCUGGAUGGAAAAUAAAGAUCCAGUUGCUUACAGAAUAUGCAACCAUACAGGUCAGUGGCUUUGGGGUAACUGGACAAAUUAUAGCGAAUGCUUAAUUUCAUUUACAAAUAAAGAACCUAAAGGAAGAUUAUCAGUCAGUUACAUUCUGUUCAUUGGAUCGUUUUUAUCUUUAAUAUUAUUAGCAAUUACGUUAUUUAUUUUUACAUAUUUUAGAUCUCUUCAUUGCUCCAGGCUUCGAGUACACAGAAAUUUAGUUGUUGCUCUGAUAAUUCAUUCGUUUUUAUUAAUGAUUAUCUCUUUGCCAAUUUUAUUUGAAAAUUCUAUACCUUCUUAUCACGGUUUGGAUUGGUUUUGUAAGACGUUACUGACAUUAAAAAUGUAUGCUGCAACUGCAAGCGUUAACUGGAUGUUUGUUGAAGGAUUGUUACUUUACAGCAGCAUUUCUGUCUUCGUUUUUCAACAAGAUCCACCAUUUAAAUUAUAUUAUUUUAUAGGAUGGGUUACUCCAGGGAUAUUCGUUGUAUCGUGGGCAAUAUUUAUGGUAUUUCAUCUAGAAACACCAUGCUGGAGAGGAUACGGUAGAUUGCCUUAUAUAUGGAUUGUUACUGGACCAAUGAUAACUGCUUUAGUGGUGAAUACAAUUUUCCUGUUCACAAUAGUUCGCAUCUUAAUCACUAAAAUUCGCGCUACUGUUUCGAUAGAAACUAAACAAGUCAGGAAAGCAGUCAAAGCUACAGUUUUGUUGUUCCCUUUGCUGGGGAUAACCCACUUGCUCUUCUGUAUAAAUCCACAAGACGAUGGCUAUUUAGAACAAGCUUACAUGAUUACAAAUGCUCUUUUACAGUCUUGUCAGGGGAUAUUCGUUGCGGUGCUCUAUUGUUUUCUCAAUUCUGAGGUGCAAACAGCGUUAAAACAAACAUAUAUUAAAGCUCUUCUGAGACGUCAUCCCAAUGUUCGUUGCCAAGUGGUGCCACAGGGAUCUACAACUCACGUUUCACACGUUAUGGAUUCUUAUGCCAUCAGCAGCACAAAAGUCACUAAACAAUCUCCAUACAGACAACCAGGAUCAAACAAUAUAAGAUUCACUAAUGAUAACAAUUAUCGCGAUCAAAAUAAUGGUAAAUGCUCAUACCCACUGCUUGAGACGUUUCAAAUUUCAAAUUCUUAGAGUUUUAUCUAAAAAUUCUGUUAUAUA